AUGGAGUCGAGUACAUUCGUCGUUUUGAAAAGCCCAACAAGUGUCUGGGAAGCAGGCGCCGGUUAUCUAGGCUGGCUUUUCUAUAUGAGCAAGUUCUACGAGGUUGUGGACACACUGAUAAUUCUCGCCCGUGGGAAAAAGAGCUCAACUUUGCAAACGUAUCAUCACGCCGGUGUGAUUGUUUGUGGAUGGGCAGUGUUAAGAUAUGAGUCCCCGCUGGGACUUGUUGCGGUGCUAUUGAAUGGUGGAAUCCAUACUUUGAUGUAUUCAUACUUCACUAUCCAAACCCUCGGCAUUUCUGUCUCUAUGGGUGUCAAGCGCACUCUAACUAGCCUUCAAAUCGCCCAGUUCUUAGUGGGACUGGCCUGGGCCCACUGCUAUCUCUUCGUGAGAUACAAGGCCUCUAUAGAGGUGGCAGAAAACACUUUCAACUACGACUCGGCGCCAACGUUGCACUUGCCUAUAAGCCAUAAUCACUCUUCACCCGCGACCUCGUACGUAAAGGCCAGGAAAGUGGCCAGCGAUGGUGCAGUUACAUGCUUGAGUGACAGUGGAGAGGUUUUCUGUCUUAUUGUGGGAAGCAUUUAUCUCGUCCCGUUGAUAAUUCUUUUUGUGCAAUUUUUCACGAAAUCUUACAAGCCGAAGAAGACGGAAACGAUGCCUUUGAAACAACAGAGCCCUGCCGCUAAGGAAAGUCAUUUUCUAGCUCCUACCAGCAAAAACCCAGGUCGCGGUACUCAAAACUCGCUGAACUUGAAAAAUACAACCUAUCUUGUCGGAGUUCCUUUGGUGGCUUUGAUUAGUCUUCUCUGGGUUCCUCUUCGUAUAGAGACCGUUUGUUUUGCCAUCGGCUAUGCCAUCCUACGAGCUAUUGUCAUUACGGCUGGUUAUCAUCGCCUCUGGGCACACAGAGCUUAUACUGCUAGCCCACUCUUGAAAUUGAUUUUUGCGGUUAUCGGCGCUGGCGCGGGACAAGACCCUAUCAAAAAAUGGUGUCGCGACCACCGGGCCCAUCAUCGCUAUGUUGAUACCGAUGAAGAUCCGUACAGUGUAAAAAGUGGAUUCUUCCACGCGCACAUGGGAUGGCUCUUGUUUGAAAAACCAUAUUCCGCACAUGACGCCUCGACUACACGCCACGUGGAUAUUAGUGACCUCAAAUCCGACCCUAUUGUGGAAUGGCAGCGCCGAUACUAUUUCCCCCUGGCAUUCCUCAUGGGCUACAUCUUCCCCACGGUCGUCUGUGGCCUAUGCUUUGAUGACUACUCUGGCGGGUUCAUUGUGGCAGGCUGCUUGGGCACAGCUGGAGAACUACAGGGCACAUUUUGUGUGAAUUCUGUCGCGCACUAUUUUGGGGAUCAGCCUUACGGAAUCGGGAAAUCUCCCCGAGAUCACCCUUUGACUGGUCUCCUCACCCUUGGGGAGGGAUAUCAUAAUUUUCAUCAUGAAUUCCCGAUAGAUUAUCGGAACGGGGUUCGAUGGUAUGACUUUGACCCGACCAAGUGGUUGAUCUGGACGUGUUAUAAGAUUGGGCUUGCCUCUAAUCUGAGACGUUUCCCGCAAAACGAGAUUCAGAAGGGGAGGCUACAGCGAAGACAGGAGAAAUUGGGGAAGGAGUGUGAGAUGGUGGACUGGGGUGUGCCACUGGCGGAUCUUCCAGUUAUGGAGUGGGAAGAGUUCCAACAACAGGCGAGGACGGGAUGCAAUAUCAUAGUUAUCAGAGGGGUUGUCCAUGAUGUUUCGAGCUUUGUGACAGAGCACCCGGGAGGUACAGCUAUGAUCACAGGGGCAAUAGGGAAAGAUGCAACCAAGAUGUUUGAGGGAGGGGUAUAUGGUCAUUCGGGGGCGGCCUUCAACCUUUUGGAUACGAUGCGGAUAGCUGUGAUUAAAUAG